UCCAUAAUUUCCCUACAGAUGUUAUAUAAAAAAGAAGAAUUGAAUGAAAGCCAAACCGUUCUCACCGAAUUCACAUUUGUGGCUUUCUCCUACCUCCAGGAGCUGCAGGUUUUUCUGUUUCUGGUGUUUCUAUUGAUCUACCUCCUUACCAUCAUGGGGAACAUAGUCAUUAUUCUACUGAUAAAACUCAGUCCUUCCCUCCACACCCCCAUGUAUUUCUUCCUGGUGAAUUUGUCCUUCUUGGAAAUGUGUUACACAACCAGUGUGGUCCCACAAAUGUUGGUGCACCUCCUUGUAGAGCACAAAAGCAUCUCCAUCGUGGGUUGUGCAGCCCAGAUGUAUGUCUUUACCAUCCUGGGCCUCACAGAAUGCUGCCUCCUGGCGACCAUGGCUUAUGACCGCUAUGUUGCCAUAUGCCAUCCCUUGCAAUACACGCUGAUCAUGAGCAGCAGGGUCUGUGUCUGCCUGGCUGCUGCCUCUUGGGUCACUGGUUUUCUGGUGGAAACAGCACAAACAACUUGGAUCUUCACUUUGCCCUUCUGUGGCCCUCAACAAAUUCAUCACUUCUUUUGCGACAUCCUGCCUGUGGUGAAGCUGGCCUGUGCAGACACCUCCAUGAAUGAGAUGAUGCUGUUUGGGGUGUCCAUGUUGUUCAUCAUGGGGCCGUUCCUGCUGAUUCUGGUCUCCUACGUCCGUAUCAUCUCCACCAUCCUAAAGAUGCCCUCAGCUGAGAGCCGUCACAAGGCCUUCUCCACCUGCUCUGCACAUCUGAUGGUGGUGACAUUAUUUUUUGGAACAGCCCUUUUCAUCUACUUGCAACCCAGGUCCAGCUAUUCACCAAACACCGAUAAGAUGAUUUCCCUGAUGUACACAGUCGUGACACCACUGUUAAACCCUGUAAUAUAUACCCUGAGGAAUAAAGAGGUGAAGGGAGCCUUGAAGAAGACAAUGGCAUUAAAAAGGUCUCUAUCCAUAUCCAAAUCAGAUCCCGGUGGUCUGUAGCACACCCCAAGCACUAUCUCAGGGGAGGCUCUAGUAGCUUUCUUUCCCAGUGUGAUUUUUGCCCAGACAGACUCUGUCU